AUGAUGCUCAAGAACAACGCCACAAGUGCCAGCACGGCCGCAGCCGCGCGCGGUCGCAGCCAGUUGCGCUGCCACGCCGCGCUGGCGCCGUUCAAGGGUCUGGCCGUGCAAGCGGCUGGCGGCAAGUUUCAACCCUACGAGUAUGAGCCCAAGCCUUUGGGUCCCACAGAGAUAGAGAUCAAGGUCACCCACAACGGGCUCUGCCAUUCGGACCUGCACAUGAGGGACGACGACUGGGGCAUCACAUCAUUUCCCCUGAUCGCAGGCAAGGGCGCCGGCCCGCCACGACACGAGGUCGUUGGAGAGGUGGCUGCAAAGGGCGACACCGUUGCAGGCAUCGAGGUCGGCGACCGCGUCGGCUACGGCUGGCUGCGCGACUCGUGCCGCAAGUGCCGCUACUGCCUGAGGGGGGAGGAGAACCUGUGCCUCCAGCAGACCCCCACCAUCGUCGGCCGCAGCCAGCAGCAGUGCAGGACAGACGUCAUCACCGGUUGCUCAGAGUCCCUUCCCGCCGUCGCCGCCACGCCCGGCCUGCCCCUCUUUGUGUUUGCUGCCGGCGCCUUUGCCUACAAAAUCCCAGAUGCCCUGGGCAGUGCCGAGGCCGCACCCAUGCUGUGUGCUGGCAUCACGGUGUACGCGCCUCUGCGCAAGCACACCAGGCGGCCUGGUAUGAGUGUGGCCGUGCUGGGCGUCGGCGGCCUGGGGCAUCUGGCAGUGCAGUUUGCGGCUGCCAUGGGUGCUGACGUGACGGCCCUGGUCCGCGAUGACGACGAGGCGGGGGAGGCCCUGGCCCUGGGGGCGCGGGAGGCUGCCACGUCAGCGAGGGCGUUUGAAGAGAAGAAGGGGUCCUACGAUGUGGUCCUCAACUGCGCCAGUGCGCGGCUGGAUUUUGCAAAGGUCCUGGGCCUGCUGUGCCCCGACGGCGUCUUGAUACAGGUCGGCAUUCCUGGGGGCGGGGCAGAGAUCACGCUGCCGCUGCAAGACGUGGUGUUCAGCCAGAAGAGUCUGGCUGGCAGCAUUGAAAUGCUGGAGUUUGCUGUUGCCAAGGGCGUCAAGCCCAUGAUCGAGACCUACAAGCUGAGCCAGAUCAACGAGGCGGCUGCGCGCGUGGCCAGCGGCCGGGCGCGAUACAGGGUGGUCAUGGAGACCGACGAGAUCUGA